AUGAAAACGUUGAUUGGAUGGUGUGUGGCGGGUGUUUUGUUGUUGGCGUUCACCGAGGCGGCUCCUCAAUUCGCGACGGCUCGCUCCACCUAUCUCACCACGUUUUCGCUUCUGGAACCGUCUUGUGUUGUCACGGGCGGAAAACUCUUCGUGAACGGGAUCGAGGACCGGACUCUCAAUUGGUCGGAGAGACACGAGUUUGAAACGUAUCAGACAUUGAAAAACAACUAUGUCAAGUUGGUGAAGCGUGCUAUCGAGAAGCAACUCAAUCGUAUGUUGCGCAACAAGGAGAGAGGAGAGUCAAAGUUCGAGGUGCAACCAUUGUUGGACGAGAGGAUCAAGGCUCCAGAGAAGCCGUCAUUUUGCUCGGAUGAGGUGACCACACAGUACGCCUUUUCCGGGUGCAUCGUACAGAACAACAAAGUGAUCAUCAAUGGAGCGAUGGUUCGCGAGUUGUCCAGUGAUGAGAUCAAAGAGCUCAAGAGCUAUCUCGCCAAGUUGGAAGAGUUCAAGAAAUGGGCCGAGAAAACCGUUGAACAGAAGAUGAACGAGGCGUUCCGGGGAAUGCAUUCAAUAAAAUUGACAAAAUUUGAAUAUGAGUCGCAUGCGGAAACGUCGGAAAUACGUCGCGAAUAUGUUGAAAAAUCGUCAACAGAAUUUAUCGUGCGAGCGCGUCUCGUCGCCCAUUCAUCGAUCACCAUCGAUCACGAAAAGCAACAAGCCGUUUAUCAAACUCGCGAUGUUGUGCCGAUGACUGACGUGAAGUGGACGAGCUUGCAGCGAUGUUGCGUCUUUCUUCCACCGAUCAUCAUUUUUGGAUUAACCAUAUUCAACACUCAGCUGGGCGUUUACUCCUUCUGGCAUCUCUACGAUCAUCAGAUCAUCGCCGCAAUUGUUGCUAACUACAUGCAGAUUCUAGUUCUCACGAACAUUUGGGCGAUGGUCAAAAGUCAAAGCAAGAAUUGUCCCCAAUAUCAAUUGCAUCGUCUCGGCAUUUCAUCCUCGUGGAUGGCAGAGUACAAGAACGAAUACACGAGGAGGGAUAGCGCCGUGAAACGUUAUUGGAAGUGGAAGCUGUGCAAGAAGUGUCAAUGUUACGCACCCCUUCGCUCGGUGCAUUGCGAGGAUUGCGGACAAUGCUCAUUGAGAAACGAUCAUCAUUGCUACCUGUUUGGAGUGUGCAUUGGAGUUGCCAACAUGCGUCACUUCAUCGUCUGCACCUACUGGAUGAUGUGCGGCGGAGCGUGGGGAGCAUCGACUUUUCUUUAUCUUCUUGCACAAAUCGUCUUUAACCAUGAGGGCAUCAUUUCCCAGAAGUACUUGCACCCGAUCCUCAGCCAAUUCAGCAGCGCUAAUCGUCACAGGCCUGUUUAUCCUAACGAAGUGUCUUCAUCGUUAUUCAACGAGAGCUUUCUGAUGUUGUUGACAUCAACGAUGGUGUUUUUCUUUUCGAUGCUUGCCUUUAUUUGCGGAGGGUUUUUCUUCUUUAUGCAGAUGUACUACACACGCCAAGGCGUUGGAAUGCGCGAAGCCGAUAGCAUUGCCCCAGUCAUUCGUGGUGAUGAUCAAGGAACGACUUUUGUGAAUCGUCUCCAAUUCUACAUCGGUAAUCCGCUGUGUGCUCAUAUUUUCAUCCCACCUCAACUUUUGCAGAUGAUUUGGCCUGAAAUGGCUGAUGUUGAGUGGUCGGAGAACUACGUGCGCUCGAUUGUCACACAGCCGUUCAAAGCAAAUCUCACGAUCAAAGAGGGAACCUAUGAGCGC